AUGAUAUUAUUUAUUAUAUUGCCUAUUUUUACUUAUUAAGUUUUAGUAUUAACUAGAUUGAAUAAUAAGAAUUAGAUAUAAAGGAAAAACAUUUUAAUAAAUGAAGAAAACUACUCAAUUUCAAAUUGCUUCACUUAUGGUAUUUGGUCAAAAUAUAAUCCCUUAAGUAUUAUAGCAUAGAAUGGACUAUAUGGAUUAUUAGAUAGUAAUUGUUAUUAGUUACAUAAUGCAAUAGAUUUUGAGUAACAAAGUCUAAAUCUGAUUUAUUAUGAUUGUUUAGAUUAUGGUUAGAAAUCUAUAAUUAAAACGAUAAGAUUUAUUAGCAAUGAUAAUAUGCAAAAUAAAUUUGAUAUAAGCAUAGAUGAAUUUGAUUAUGAAAAUAUUUGGUAUUUGUUAUCUAUUUACCAAUGGCCAUAUAUAAAUAAACUAGAUUUGAUAUUGGCAAAAAAUUAAAAUAUAAUAUUCAGAUAAUAAUUAUAGAUUAAAUAUCCAUUUUAAGUAAAUAAUGUGAUUUUGACUUUUGGAGGUAGUUAUAAAGUAAUAAAAUCUAAGAUUCUAGAUAUUGAAUUAGGAACAAUAUUUUCAUCAUUUCCUGGUUCUAUUAUAAUAUAAGAUUUUACAAUAGAAGAUCUUUCACCUAAUAGUGAUAUAAGUAAUUUUAUAAAUGAUGCUUUUUAAACAAUUAAUAAUUGUAUUUGCUAAAUAAAUGAAGAAUAGUUAAAAAUAUAAGAUAUGGAUUUGAAUUAUUUAGAUUAAAAUAUUUAUAUAUCAGAGUAGAUUAAUUGUGAUUCAUUUAUUCUUUUAGGAUGGCUUAGAAUCUUAGAAAUUGUAGAAAUAGAUUAAGAAUUUACAUAUUAAUUUAUAAAAUUAAAUCCUAACUUAGAUGAUACUAUUUAUUAAAAUAGUAAUUUAGCAUCCUUUUAAUUAUUUUAUUAAAUAUCAAAGCAAAAUAAUAAAAUAAUAAUUACAACUUAUGAUUACACAUUUCCUGCUAUAAAUAUUGAUUUUUAAAAUAAUCCAUAUUUAAUUUAAAAAGAAUUUAUUAUUCCUAAAAGCAUAAUUAAUAUUUGGCAUUAUUUGUUUAUUUAAUUAAAAUCUAAUAUAUUUUAGAUCAUAAUAAAGUUUUAUUAAAAUGGUUAGAAUUUUGAAAUUAAUGAUAAUUUUGAAGUAAUGUAAUUUAAUAAUAUAUAAUUUAAAUUACAGUAUGGUAAUAUCUAAAAGUAAAAUAAGAAUUAUUUGAAUAUAAAUGUUAGAAAUUUAAUGUUUUAUAAUUGUGAUUAAUUUAUUAAUAAGUAAGGUUGCCAUUUUAGUUGUAAGGAAUGUGAUGGUCCAUCUAGCUCUAAUUGUUUGUCUUGUUAUUAGGAAUCAAAAAGAAUUUAUCUUUAAGAAUAUAAAGUUUGUAUAUGUCCUUAUAAUUCAAUUGAUAAGAAUGAAAUAUGUAUUACAGAUUAAUAAUAAAAAAUUAAAAUUAUUGAAUAACACAAUGAAGAUUAAAAUCUAAAUUGUUUAUAAGGUUUUUUUGAAUUUAAUGGAGAGUGUUACAAAUGGUAUAUAUUUAUUAUUAUAAAAGUCCAUCAAUUAUAAGUGAGAAUUUUAUCAGUUGUUAUGAAUGUUAUAAUAACCCUAAAGGAUGGUAUACUAAACCAAAUUGUAAUACAGAUCUUUAUCUAAAAUCUAUUGGAAGUAUAGAAGAAACAAUGAUGGGAUCUAAUAACAUUUAUUUUUAUUUUGAUGGAAUAGAUUUAAAUUUGUGUAAUUAUUGUUGGGAAAUUAAUAUAAUUCAGGAUGAAGUUGGCAAUUAUGAUUUGUCUUAAUAUUUAUUUUUAAGGUUUUUUAAUUUUUGUUAGAUUGAAGAAUAUAUGAUAAGUUAAAAUGAAUGUUAUGUGUGUCCUAUUGAUUUUUGUAAAAGUUGUUAUGUUACUUUAUAUGGAAUUAAAUGUUCAACAUGUUCAGAUAGUUAUGAAUUUGUAAAUGGAAUCUGUACUCCAAAAGUCUUUAUAAGUCCUUAUUAAAAGGAUGAAAAUCUUGAUGAAUGUAUACCUCCAUAUUAUAUUACAUUAACUUAAUAAUGCAAACUAUGUCCAAUAUAGAACUGUGUUUAUUGUUUUGAAUAUUUAAGUUACUUUACAACUGUUAACACAUUAUAAUCUACUUUGAUUUACAUAAAUUAAGAUUAUUUCAAAAUAGGUUGUGCUCUUUGCAUUGAAAAUUAUAUAUAUGAUUUCACAUUAGAGAAAUGUUUAUUAUAAGAUCCAAAUGUUUCUAAUUGUUUAAGAUCUUUUAUUAAUCAAAGUAGUUAAGAAUUAUGUACAUUGUCUUCAAUAGAUUUUUCUAACUCUCCUGAAAUGAAUGAUUGUUAAAUACAUAUAUCUAAAUGUUAAUAAUGUUUAAAAUAUCAUUCAAAUAUUACUUGUGUAAUUUGUUAACCAGGAUAUGUUGUAGAACAUUAAUAAUGUAUUGAAAAUGAAGAAUUGAUUUAGAAAACAUAUUUAAGGUAAAGGUGGAGAAUUAGAGUUGAAAGUUUUAGAUUAUAAUUUGCUCCAAUAUCCUAAGAUUUUGAUACUAUAAUUCAUACCUAAAAUUAAUGUGACCCAAAUUGUUUAUUUUGUUAAGGUCAAUCUAUAUAUUAUUGUGAAUAAUGUAACUUAAAUUAUUUUAAACAGAGAAUGAGAGUUUAAAUAGGUGAAUAAUGUUCUGAUUGUCCUUAACUUUGUUAGUUAUGUACAAAGAGAUCAAAUGAUGAUAUAAAAGUAAUAAAUUCUAUAUCUAAAUUAGUAAUUAUAACCUUAAUUUAUAAUCAAUGAUUAAAAUGAAAUUUAUACAAAGUAAUGUUUAAAACCUUACAUAGAUCCAUUUAUAAAUUUCAAUACUUAUUCCAAAAUAGCAAAAUAUUGUAUUAAUUAGAUAUGCAAUUACUAUAUUUAAAUUGAUAGGGUUAUAGAUAUAUGUGACCCUAUUAGAUUUUUUAAUUUUCUUUACAAUUAUUAUUUGGAUAUUGAUUAUUUCAAUUAAAUGGGGAUUGAUUCUAUUGUUUUAAAAGCAACCUUUGAUUUUUAAGAACAAUUCUGCUUUCGCCCUUUUUCUAUUUUAGCUAAAAAUACUUUAAAAUAGCAAUUAUUUUCUUUAUAAAAAAUCAAAAUAAUAUUAUAUUCAAAGGAAACUUUAUUUUUUUUAUUUUAAGGCAUAAUUUAAAUCUACUUUUAUGAUUCUAUAGAAAUGAAUAAUUUAGGAUUUAUCUUUGAUUCUAAUUCAGUUAGUAAAUUUGAAUUCUUAAAUAAUAACAAUAAAGUUGAUUUAUCUUUAACAGAUUUUAUGAUUAAAGAUAGUUUCAUAAAUAAUGCUGAUCCUAUUAUAAAUUCUUUAAUUUUUGGUGAUAUUAAUUUUACAAACAUAUCCAUAAUCAAUACUAAUAUUAAUAACUCUUCAUUAUUAAAUUAACUUUUAUGGGAUUUUGUGGGCUAAAUAUCAAUAGAAACUAUGACUAUUUCAAAUUCUAUAAUAAUAAACUCAUAAAUGUUUAAAUUUGCAAAGAAUAAAUUUACUAUUUUUAUCAAAAAUUUAUUAAUUAAAGAAUGUGAAUUACUUAAUUCUUCUGUCUUUUAUUUUAUGUAUAAUCAAUUUAAUGAUACUUCAUUAAUUUUUUAAAAUUUAACAAUUUAAAAUAGUAAAUUUACUAACUCUUCUUUUUUAGAUUGUUCUAGUUAAAUGGAUCUUUAAAUUAAUAACUUUUCAUUUAUAAAUAAUAUUGUGUAAAAAUCUAGAAUAAUAGGAUUUAGUUAUAAUUUGUCCUUAUUUUAAAUUUAUGUUAGACAAAAUAUAUUUAUUGAUUCUUAGUUUCUUUCAACUAUACAAAUAUUACUUGAAUAAAAGAUGCCUUGCAAAAUUAAAUAUUUAAAAGCAACUUUAAAUUAAUUUCAAAAUUCAAAUUUAUUUCUCAUUUUUUCAACUUAUCAAAUUAGCAGUGUAAUAGUUGAAAUGACAGAAUUAAUACUUGAAUAAAAUUCAAAAUUAUCUAGUAAUAAUUAAUCAAUUUAUUUGUUCAAUAUAAAUUGUUUUUAAAUCUUAAUCCAAAAUGUAUUAAUUAUUAAUUCAAAUAAUAUUCAUAUAUUUUAUCUAUUUGAAAAUUAUUAAAUUGUAAUCCAUGAUAUACUUUAUGAAUAAUCAGAUAUAAAAACUAAAGUGUAAUUAUCAUUGCAUUGUAUUGAAUAGAAUAAUCCAAUAAAUUAAUUAAUUUAAAUAUUAGGUUUUGUUGAUAUUCUGAUUUAAGAUGUUAAGAUAAUUAAAUAAAUUAGCUUAGAUGAAUCUCUUAUUUAAAUCACAUCUAGUAAAUCUUAUUUAAAUGAAAUUAAUAGAAAGAUAAAAAUUAAUAAUUUGUAAUUUUAUUAAAAUCUUUUAUUAUAAUCCUUUUAAAUUGUUCGUCUUUCACUAAUUAUUAUAGAAUCUGACUAAAAUGUAGAUAUUCAAAUAUUUAAUAUCAAAUUUUAAUAGAAUUUUAUGCAUGUUUAUUCAGAAGGAUCAUUACUUUAUUCAGCUGGUCUGAUAUAUAUUAUUUCAACAUCUAGUUAUGUUAAUAUUAAUGGAUUAAUUUGCUAUGAGAAUGCUUUUACUAAUUCAUCAAAUUCCUUCAUUAUUAUAACUUCUUAAUCAAUAUAAUUAUAGAAUAUUGAUGUAAAUUAUAAUAAUAUAUUGCCUCUUAAUUUAUGGUAAGAAUAUUAUAAUAUUACUACAGAAGUUGAAUAAAAUUAAGAUAAAGUUAAUUCAUUUAUUUCCUAAGUAUUUUAAAUUAAUACUAUAGGAGGAGUAUUUUAAUUGUCAGCUGGAUAUAUUCAUUGUAUUAAUUCAAAAUUUAAAUCGAUAUUUGCUUCAAAAAGUUCAGUUUUCGAUAUAAUUACUUUUGGAUAAGGAAUAAUAUAAUUAGUCAAUAUUUCAAUAAAUUAAACAUAAAAUGAUCUCUUAUUAAGAUCAAAAACAUCAGGUUGUAUAAAUAUCAAUUCUCAAACAAGUUUAUUAAAUCUUUCUAUUAUUAAUGUAAUAUUUUCUGAAGUAUAAAAUAGAAUGACAUCUUCAAUAUUAUCAAUAUCUCCAUCCUCUUUUUCUAAUCACCUUUUAUUGAAGGAUAUUGUUAUAGAAAAUUGCCUUUCUUUACUUAACCAAGUAAUUAAUGUCUAAUUUUAUUAAUAAAUUGCAGAUUUAAAUUAAAUAUCUUUUUAUAAUGUUAAAAUUAUAUAAAAUUUUGAUUCUAUUAAUAAAUUUUUAUAAUCAGUAAAAACAAUAACUUAAAAUGAGAUUUUAGAAAUUACUGGAUCAAAUAAUGCUGCUAUUGUUUUAGAAAAUUGUAUUACUUUUAUAAAUGGCUUAAUAUUUGAAGGAAUAUACAUAGGACCAUUAAUAAGAUUUAUAAAUACUCCAAAAUUAAUUUUUAGAAAUUGUUAAAUCAAUAAUAUUCUAACACUUUAUUCUUUAAAUCUUAUAUAUGUUAUUUAAAAUAUAUAGUAGAAAUCAGUAAUUUACUUCAAUUCAAUAAGCAUUUAAAAAGUAAGUCUAUUUGAAACAAAUAUAAGCUAAAUUAUUAAGGAAAGAAAUGAUAACUAUACAAUUUUGGGAUGUAUUUUGAAUAAGUAUUAAUAUGAUUUAAUUGAAUAAUAUGAUUACUUAAAAGAAAAUGUUAAUAAAUUAAAAUAAUAAUAAUAAAAUUAGACAAAUUCAAUAUUAUAUGUGUAAAGCACAUCAAAGUUGAAUGAAUUUAAUUUUCAUUUUAUUGAAUUUUAAUUGAAUAAUUGUAGCACUUGCUAAAAUGGAAUUAUAUAGUUUGAUCUUUCAGACUUUAAUAAAUUUUCAUUAUUUUCAUUGAAUUGUAAUUUUAAUUUAAUUAAAAAUUUUGGUUGUCUAAAUUUUCAAUCAAAAUUAAAACUUAAAUCUAAAGUUAUAAUAUAAAACUCAAAUUUUAUUUCAAAUAUUGGUGGAGAAGGAGUUGCAAUAAGAGUUUCGAAAAUACCAAUAAAUAUUAGAUCAUGUAAGAUUAUUAAUAAUAUUGCAGAAGAAAAAGGAGGAGGAUUAUAUAUAGAAUUAAAUUCUAAUGAUUUUGUAAUAAAAAAUACAAUUAUAAUGAAUAAUAAAGCAAAAAUAGGGGGAGGAAUAUAUUUAGUUGGUGAUAGCAAUUUAAAUAAAGUUAAUUUAGUUUCUUCAAUAUUAAUAUAAAAUAUUGCAACUAUUUAUGGAAGUAACAUUAUUGAAUAACCUACUCAUUUAGCUUUAUAAAUAAAUUCUAAUGAAUAACCUACUUUAAAAUUAGAGUAAGAAAAUUAUAAAAUAAAUUUAUUGAAUCUAUAACCUUAUAAAAUAAUUGAACAAAAUAUUAUAAAGGUUUCUAAUAAUUUAAUGAUUCCAAGUAAUUAGUAAAUUUAUAAGUAUGCCUUAUUUAAUUUAUAAGAAAAAUAAUACAUUAAAUAUAUUAAAUAAAUAUGUUUAUAUUUUAAAAAUAGUUACAAUGAAGUCUUAUUAGAUAUGAAAGAUUCAUCAUGUAUAGUAUAAGAUAAGGUUAUUUCAAAUAUUUCAAAUAAAGAAUUAAGUUUAAGUAGAAAUCAAUCAAUAUUUUUUGAUUCAUAAAACAAUUGUUUUGAUAUUGGUCAUUUAUCUUUUAGUUUGGAUCCUUAUAAUUAGAGUGAAAAAUAUUUGCAAAUUACUUUGAAUUGUAAUUCAGGAGAAUCAAAAAAGAUAUUGAAAUAUUUAAUUAAUUCAAAUAGCUUUAAAUGUUAACUUGGAGAAUUCUAUGUAGAUAAUGGAUGUCAAAUCUGUUAGUCAAACCAAGGAUUUUAUUCUGUUACAUAUGACACAAUUAAAUGCUCUAUAUUUGAUAAAACUAAGUUUUUGAACAUAACAGCUAACAUGAUUUAAUUAUAAGGAGGUAAUUGGAGACCACACUAUUUAUCUGAUUAUUCUUAAUUGUGCUUUAAAAACUUAAAUUUUUGUCAAGGAGGUUGGGGUGUUGGAGAUGAACUAUGUAAAAUUGGACACAUUGGAGGUUUAUGUGAAGAAUGUGAUAUUUAUAAUAUCAUAGGUAAUGGAUAGUAUUAUAAGAAUUAAUGGGAUUCUCGUUGUUUUAUAUGCUAAGGAAUUGAUAAUGGAGUACUUCCAUUUAUUCUAGCAUUAAUUUAGUAUAAAAUCAGAUUUAUAUUAUUUAGAGCUUUGAUAUCAAUAACUUUAACUUUAAGAAGCAUUAAUAAAUCAAAUAGAUUGUUUUCAUCACUAAAAAUAAGACAAAAAUUCAGUAAUAUCAUCUUUAGAUUAAAUUAAGGUAUUAAUCUGAUUAUAUAUAAGAUCAUGAAAGUAUUUUAAUUAAAAUGUGGUUAAAUUAUUUAUGGAUAUUUUCAGUAAUUUUCACUUUUAAUAUUAAUUUUUAAUUUUAAUUUACUUUGAUUGAUUCAACCAGUAAUAGUUUUUAUUUUAUGGCAUAUAAUUUAGACUGUUAUUUAUCUAAUUAUGGAAUUAGUUUAAUUUAUUUGAGAAUAUUUUUGAUCUUAUUUUUGAUGCUAAUUUAAUUCUGCAUAAUUCUUGCAGGAUCAUUUAUUUAUUUAAAAUUGAAAAAAUAACAUAUUGAUUAUAGUAUACUAUCAAAUACUUUACUCUAUUUAUUUGUUUUUAAUUAUGGAGGAUUAAUUAAAAUGUAUAAAUGUAGCCUUUAAAUUUAAUAGGUUUUGUUCAACUAUUUCAAUUCGAAAGAUUUCAAAUAUUAAUUAUAUUUAAGGUGAUGUUUCACUUAAAUAUGGUACUCAUAAUCAUUUUUAAUGGAUAACCUUUUUUAUAAUACCUGGCUUAUUAGUAUUUGGUUGUAUUAUACCUUUGGGUUUAUUUCUGUUGAUGUACAUUAAAAGAAGUCAACUUGAAAUAAUCAAACUUAGAAAACACAUUUGUUAUUUAUUUAAUGAAUAUUCCUCUACAAAUUACUUUUGGGAGUUCAUUAAGAUUUCCAAUAAAGCUAUAAUUAUACUUAUUACCACUUAUUUUGAGACAGAUGUGUAACUUAAAGCAUCUUUGUUAGGAUUGUGUUUGCUUGUCUAUUAAAUUUUAGCUGGAAUAAGCAAACCUUACUAUUUAUCAAAAUUCAAUACUUUAGAUUUAAGAACUGGAUAAAUAUGUUCAAUAUCAAUCUUCCUUGCUGCAAUUAAAUAUGUAAGCGAAGAAUUUAGUCAUCAAUUCUUUUCUAUUGCUCUCUCUAUCAUCAUUAUUCUUCUUUGUAUUAGACUCUGCUUUCCAUUUAUUAUGGAAAUAACAGGAGUAUAUUAUAAAAGGUUUAAGUAUCCCUUUAUAACAUAUUUACUUUUUUUUGUUAAUAAAAUCAAAAAAAACUCAUUAUUCUCAAAAUAUUUGGCUAAUCUAUUAUAAUAAUCCAAAUUAAGAGAAAAAAGAUUGAAAAAUAAUUAUGCAAAACUUAGAUAGAACAUAUCGUCUAGAUCAAAAAUUUUAAUGGGAUCAAGAAAGUAAAAUGAAAUAUUAUUUUUUCCAGAUUAUCUUCAUCAAUAUUUUAUUCAACAUAGAAUAAGACAUUUUAAUAAAACAGUUUCAGAUGUAUCAUAGGUCUAGACCAAGAAUGAGAUUGACUUAUUUUUUUAUUGUUCAAAAUUAUCUAAAAAUUUAUUGAAAUCUAAUAAAUUUAAAAUAUUAAUAGAAUUCAAAUUUUAUAAUCAAAAACUGAUUUGA